AUUUUUAUCAUAUUUUUAUUAUCAAAAUUGUGAAACAAAUUUGGAAUAAAUAUGGAUACAAUCAGUCUGCAUGGAAACUAUAACUCCCAUAGCUCCACCGAUUAAUUACAAUUGGUCGUGGAACAACACAAAAGAAAUGAGUUUCCCAAAUAUACCAACGCCCCCCUCAAGUAAUGAGGAUUCUCCAAGACCUAUGUAUUUUGUUGCAUCCCCAGGUUCAAACACAUUCAGAGCAGAUGCAUUUACAGGAGAAGGGCAUGUAUAUUCUGUGGGGACUUCAUAUAUUCAAAACGAAGAUACCAUGAUGGUGGACCAGCCAUCCUUAAAGAUUAUCGAACAGCCCAUAGAUAAAUUCAGAUUUCGGUACAAAUCUGAAAUGGCUGGAACACAUGGCAGUUUAACGGGUACCUCAUCAGAUAAGUCAAGAAAGCAGACUUAUCCAACAGUUGAGCUGUUGAAUUUUCAUAGAACUGCCAUAAUUAGAUGCUCUAUUUAUCAAAUUAAAUCAGAAGAAACAGAUAUGAAACCCCAUGCCCACAGAUUGAUAAAAAAGCACGGCAAAGACGAAGUCGACGAUCCCCACUCCUUGGUCGUAUCUCCAGAUGAAGGCUACGUUGCCAGCUUUCAUUCUAUGGGGAUAAUUCACACGGCGAAAAAGAACAUCGUGUCUGAACUGAUGAAGAAAAAAACUAACUUAAAAAAAGAAGCGAUUGCGAGAAACGAGGGCGUGAAACGCGACUUGAACAAAAAGGAAGUUCACGACAUAAAGCAAGAAGCAGAAUCGGAGUGCAAGUCGAUUAAUUUGAACAUUGUUUGUCUAAGAUUUGAUGCCUUCGAGGAUAUCGAAGGUGUAUUGUAUCCAAUAUGUAAACCCAUAUUUACCCACGGGAUAAACAACUUAAAAUCGGCUCUUACUGGAGAAUUAAAGAUAGUCCGAAUGGACCACUGUACGAGCCCUGCAAAGGGCAACAGAGAAAUAUUUAUUUUAGUCGAAAGAGUUACAAAGAAGAACGUAAGAAUUAGGUUCUUCGAAUUGGACGACGACGGCUCGGAAGUUUGGGAGGACUACGGUAAACACUCCGAUUUGGACGUCCACCAUCAGUACGCGAUUGUGUUUAAAACUCCGCGGUACAAAAACCUCGACAUCACCAGCAAAGUCAAAGUCUUUAUCGAGCUUGUGAGGCCGUCGGACAACGCGAGAAGUGACCCCAAGGAGUUCAUCUACACCCCGUCGGACAACAUUUACCGACCCGGGCGGAAGAGGCCGCGAUCCGACGGCGUCAGCACGAGCUACGACAGCUCCAACUUCCCCAGCGACGAGCUGCCGGUUACCAUAGCGAACCCACAGGACACCAACUGGGAUACCGGUCUGCCAAAUUUAAGCAAGGAGUUUCUGAACGCUUGCAAUAACAUAGAUUCGGCAGAGUUCAAUCAAUUGUUGCAGUCGAUGCAGCAGAGCGAUUUGAUGCAGAUUUAUACCUCUCCCGAUACGUGCGCCACUGACGGUCACGUGGUCGAAUCGCAAAUGCAGGAGUUGGCGGUGCAGGAUUCCGUUGUGAUUAAAAUGGAAGUUUCCUCUGUCGAGCACGUCAGAGCCUACGACACGUUCAGGCAGUUGCAAAACUUGAUCAGAAGCAAACCGUCUCUGGAGAGAAUCAAAGAGAUGUUGCAAUGUUACCUUGGUAACGACGGGGAAACUAAUCCUUUGCACGUGUUUAUACUGGAAAACAACACCAGAAACGUCUUAAACAUACUCAAGUUGGUGAAUUCUUGUAAAGCGCACGAUUUAUUCGAGAAGCUGAACACCCACGGACAAUCGCCUCUACAUUUGGCUGUUAUAUGCAACAAUGUACACUUCGUGACGUGGUUACUUAAAUUGGAAGUGAAUCCUUUGAUUGAAGACACCAAACAAAACACCCCGUUGCACCUGGCGGCCAAGUGCCGAUGUUCCAUAGAAAUACUGGAGCUGUUGAUCAGCAAAAGCAUUAAUCUUGACGUUACAAAUGAUAAUGGUGAUACGCCCUUGAACAUAGCUAUAGAGAAAAAGCACAUGCCCGCUAUUAAGCUUCUCAUAAACAACGGCGCUGAUAUCAACAACCAGCAUAAUAACAACGGGUUUACACCUCUUCGGUUUGCCAUAGAAAAAGACUACGAGGAGGCUGUCAGAUUCAUUUUGUACCACAAGAAUUUGGAUUUCUUUAAAAAGGACUUUAACGGCAUUGCCGCUUUCCAAGCCGCCAUAAUCAACGAAUCGACGAAUACAAAAAUACAACAAAUGAUACAAAAUUAUAUGACGGAACACAAUAUUUCUCUGAGUAUUAAGCAGGAACUGGAUAUGGAUUCUUCAGACGACGAAAUGCAGAUAGACCUGAACGAGGACGAAACAACGGUGGUUAAAGUAGAAAAAACUGACGAAUUGGAACUGAUGUACAACAAAGUCGCCAGAUUUACGCCGGAAGCGUUGAAAGAAAUAUCUUUUUUGGUCGACCAAAGCGGCACAAGCGAUCUGGCGAAACUGCUCGAUUUGGAACACUUAAUAAGAAGCGGUAUUUUGAAGUCAAGCAACAGUACUGCAAUGAGUUUACUAAAGUAUGCGAUUGACAAUAAUAACGAGAAACUGUGGGUUAUAAGAAAUUUCCUGGAUCUCCUUGAACAAACUGCUGCUGUUGCUGUUAUGGACAAUAUGGUUAUAAAAUGUUAUAGUGAAAAAUAGUUAAAUCCUAAGGCACAGUAGGUUUCGAGAAGGGAUCACUUUAAUGACUAUUCAUUUUGUUUAUUUUUUAUUGUAACUGCAAAUAUGUUGUAUGUACAUAUUCCCCAAUCUUUUUACCUUAUUUGUAAAUAGUUUUAGAAUAAUUAUUAAAAAUAUAACUUUUUUAAUAUAAAAC